AUGAGACUUACUAUACUACAUUCCAUAGUUCUAAUAGUUCAACUACUUGUUGUCUCUGCAACUACGCAUUCGUUACCAAAGACAGAGUUUAGUCCAUUUGGAUCGGAAGACUUUUGUUCCCAAAUAAUAACAACCACUUGUAACACCACAUUCUCAUAUAUUGAUGAUUUAAAUAAAGAAAUUAGACCAUAUAUUGAAUCGUUAGUUCGUACUUCAUACUUUAGAUACUUCAAGAUUGAUCUUGAUAAACAAUGUAAAUUCUGGAAUGCUCAACAUUUCUGUGCUACUCAAAAUUGUGCUGUUGAAGUAUUGGAAGAUUUUAAUUGGACUCAAGUUACCAAUGAAAAUUUAAAACCUUCAAAAUUGGGAGAAAUUAAAUUACCUGAUGUUACUGCUAUUGAAAAUCCAAUAGAAACUGAAGAAGUUGAAACUUGUGAAGAUUUAGAUUAUUGUCAUAUUGAUGAUAAUCAUGAAUGUGUUUAUGUUAAUUUAUUAAAUAAUCCAGAAAGAUUUACUGGAUAUGGUGGUAAUCAAUCUUUUGAUGUUUGGAAAGCAAUCUAUUCUGAAAAUUGUUUCCCAAAUACCAAUCCAAUGUCCAUGAACUUUAACGGAGAACAAGCGCAAGAACAAGAGCAAUGUACUGAGAAGAAUUUGUUUUAUAGAUUAGUCAGUGGGAUGCAUGCAUCUAUUGCUGUUCAUUUAUCAAAUGAAUACUUAUGUUCUCGAACUGGUGAGUUUUAUCCAAACUUAAGUGUAUUUAUGGAAAGAGUUGGGAAAUUCAAUGAUAGAUUAUCAAACAUUUAUUUCAAUUAUGCCUUGGUUGCCCAAUCUUUAGUUAAAUUAUCAGAGAUUUUACCAUUAAAAGAAUUUAUCCGUUCUGGUUAUGAUGAUAUUUCACCAGCUCAAAAACAACAUUUAGUUUCCAAUAAUGACACUGAUGUAAAUGAAGUAUAUGAUACAUUAUUAUUUGACGAUAUUAUUCCAUCGAUUGCUUCAAAUAUUGUAUUCAAUACUUCCACUUUAUUCGAUCCAAGUGUUGAUCCUAACUUAAAGAAUGAAUUCAGAGCAAGAUUCAAGAACAUUUCUGCAAUUAUGGAUUGUGUUGGUUGUGAUAGAUGUAGAAUGUGGGGCAAAAUCCAAACAAUUGGUUAUGGUACCGCCCUUAAAAUCUUAUUCGAAUCGGAAGAUCCAGUAAAUGCACAUAAAUUGAAAUUUAGAAGAAUUGAAAUAGUAGCAUUAGUUAACACCUUAGAUCGUUUAUCUAAAUCAAUUCAAUCUAUCAAUAAUUUCAAAAAGAUGUAUUUACAACAUUUAAAUGAUGUUGCUCAAGGAAUUGCCCAACCUGGCGAUUAUGACAGUAUUCAAAAUAUUAAAACCGGGUUUGCGUUCCCAUUCGUAUCAGGACAAUUCCCUACUCAACAAUCAACUCCACAAAGUUCGCCAAUUAAUUCUUCACCAGCUGCUGAAAAGACAGAAAACGAAGUUCCAAAAGCAAAAUCAUUCAAAGAAGAAUUGGAAGAAAUUGCCCAAAUGGAACCAUCCGAAAGAACAUUCAGUCAAGAAUUCAAGCUUGUUUGGGGAGAAAUCUGGGGAGCUAUUAAGUUUAUUUUUUCAAGUUAUCAAAGAUUUCCAGCUCUUUUAAGCAAAUUAACUCUUAUAGAAGUGAAUACUUGGUGGGAAAAAUUACUUGGAAGACCAGCCGUUUAUGAAUAUAACAGUCCAAUUGACAUUCCAAGUUGA